AAUUUCUUCUCUAUUAAAUCCCCCUAAAUGCGUUUUCAUUGCGGUUCAAACUCUGCUAUCAUCUGCCCCCUUUUUGAACCAGUUUGAUCAUCAUCAUCAUCAUCAUUGCGGUUCGUUUAAAGGCCCCAAAUUGUUGAAAUUGGAUGGAAAAUAAUUCGAUAUUAGUGGCGUAUCCUGUUUGAUUUCUUGUUAAAUUCAUUAAAUUUAUCGUCCUUUUAAGGGGAUAAGUGUUACAAUGCAUACGGAACUUCCCUCCGGGGAAGACUAUAUAAGCGAUCUCCCUCAAAGUAUCAUCGAAACGAUACUCACAAAGUUGCCUUUACGAGACGCUGUAAGAACAAGUAUAUUAUCUAACAAAUGGCGGUACAAAUGGGCUACCCUUACACAGCUUGAAUUUGACGAUAAAUGUGUAUCGUGUAACCAUGAUAGAGCACUUGCAGAGGUCAAUCUUGUAACUUUUAUCACUCGGUUUCUUUUUCUUCAUGACGGUCCUAUUCAUAGGUUCAGUUUAUCUACCGGCUAUUUGCAAGGCUCCCCUGAUGUAGAUCAAUGGUUGUUGUUUUUAUCGAGAAAAGAUGUUAAAGAAUUGAUUCUCGAGUUAGGUGACGGCGAGUGGUUUAGAGCGCCUUCGUGUCUUUUUGCUUGUAGAAAAUUGGUUCGUUUGGAGCUUGUUAGAUGUGAGUUAGACCCGCCGUUGUCGUUUAAAGGGUUUUUAAAUUUGAAGCAUCUUAAUCUUCAACAAGUUCUUAUUGCUCCUGACGCGGUGGAGAAUCUUAUCUCGUGUUGCCCGCUUCUUGAAAGCUUAACUUUGUCGUACUUUGAUAGUUUAGAACUCACCAUUCGUGCCCCGAACCUUAAGUAUUUGAUAUUAGAAGGUGAAUUUAAAGAUAUUUGUCUCGAGAAUACUCCUAUGUUAGUUGCUAUAUCUGUUGCUAUGUAUAUGACCGACAUGACCGACGAUAUUGCUGAACAUUUUGGUCAAAGUUCAAGUUGUAAUUUUGACAAGUUUCUUGGUGGUGUACCGUCCCUUGAGAAACUUAGCGGUCACAUUUACUUUACAAAGUAUAUGAGUGUAGGUAACACCCUAGGGAAAACACAAAUUACUUAUCAACGGCUAAAGGUUAUCGAAUUAUACCAAGUAAGCUUUGAGGACAUGAAAGAAGUGACGGUGGUUCUUCGUUUGAUUUUAAACGCCCCUAAUCUUCAAGAACUUCAAAUUUCCGGUUCAUCGAAUCCGUCACCGGCAACAGAAACGCCCGAUUUGGAUUUUUGGGAGAAAGAAUGUCCGUGUGACUGCGCGUUUAAGCGGCUUAAGAUAGUGAAGAUGACAGAUGUGUCGGGUGUUCCACACGAGAUGGGAUUUAUAGAGUUUUUACUUGGAAAUUCACCGGUUCUUGAAAUUAUGAGCAUCACCCCGAGUGUGUACGUGACUGAGGGACGGGUAAACAUGCUGAUCGAGUUACUUAGGUUAAAGCGCGCAUCAGCAGAAGCAGAAAUCAUAUUUGUUCAAGAUCAGGUGUAAACAUGUUACAUUUAUAUGAAAGUUCUUGCGUCUCAUUUCACCUUUUGCCAUGAUUUUUAUAUAAUAACUGUCAAUUUGGUUCUCAUAUUAGUUUUUAUGAAA